CUCUGUCUCUCCUCAGAGUCCGGCUGCGCGCGAGCGAGCGAGCGUGGGAUGCGAUGUGACCCGCCAGAGAAAAUGGCGGCGGCAGGCGGACCAGCGGCGGCGGCUGCUGCGGCGAACCGCCUUUCCGCGUCGGUGGGAUUAUCUACGGGGAACGAAGCCACCGCCGUCGCCGCCGCCGUCUCCUCUUUUCCCCCGACGUCCGCCGCAGCCGCCCGGAGUCCGAAGCUGGUGCGAAACGUCGGGAACGGCGUUGUCGGAGGGCUGCUGGCGAGAGACUCGGGCGGCAGCAGGGAGCCGCGCUCGGACUGGCGGCGGAAGCAGCUGCGCAAAGUGCGCAGCGUGGAGCUGGACGGGCUGCUGGAGCCCGCCGAGUGCGCGGAGCUGCCCCUCAGCGCCUCAGCGGCGGCCGCGACCACCGACAACCCCUCGCCUUCCUCCUUCGCGGCCGUCCAGCCCGCGCCGUCCUCCAGCCGCGGCUUCCUCCUCGUCGCCGAGCAGCCGCUGGCCGACUCCGGGAGCCAAGCUGGAGCAGCUGAGAGGACCAUGGAGCCGCCCCUUGCAGGUCGUGACAUGGAGAAUAAAGAAACCCUUAGGGGGUUGCAGAAAAUGGAUGACCGCCCAGAAGAGCGCAUGAUCAGGGAGAAACUCAAGGCAACUUGUAUGCCUGCCUGGAAGCACGAAUGGCUGGAAAGGAAGAGCAGGAGAGGUCCUGUGGUGGUGAAGCCAAUACCAAUAAAAGGAGACGGCUGUGAAGCAAAUAAGCCAGCAAUAGAAGCUCCUACUGAAGGGCAGACAACUGCUACAUCUCCUACUCCGAAGGGAAGACGGAGCCCUUCUCCUAGUAGUUCUUCUUCAUCUUCUAGGACUGUUAAAUCUGAAUCACCUGGAGUAAGAAGAAAAAGGGUUUCGCCAGUGCCUUUUCAGAGUGGAAGAAUAACACCGCCUCGAAGAGCUCCGUCUCCAGAUGGCUUCUCUCCAUAUAGUCCUGAGGAGACCAGUCGCCGAGUCAAUAAAGUCAUGAGAGCCAGGCUAUACCUCUUACAGCAGAUAGGACCCAAUUCUUUCUUGAUUGGAGGAGACAGCCCUGAUAAUAAAUACAGGGUUUUCAUUGGGCCUCAGACCUGCAGCUGUGGUCGUGGAACAUUUUGUAUUCAUCUUCUGUUUGUUAUGCUUCGAGUGUUUCAACUUGAACCUUCAGACCCAAUGCUUUGGAGAAAGACGUUGAAGAACUUUGAGGUUGAGAGUUUGUUCCAGAAAUAUCACAGUAGGCGUAGCUCAAGGAUCAAAGCCCCCUCUCGUAACACCAUCCAGAAGUUUGUAUCACGCAUGUCAAAUUCUCAUACAUUGUCAUCAUCUAGUACGUCUACAUCUAGUUCAGAAAACAGUAUCAAAGAUGAAGAAGAACAAAUGUGCCCCAUUUGCUUGCUGGGCAUGCUGGACGAAGAGAGCUUGACUGUCUGUGAAGAUGGCUGCAGAAAUAAGCUUCACCACCAUUGCAUGUCAAUAUGGGCAGAGGAAUGUAGAAGAAACAGAGAGCCUCUUAUAUGCCCUCUUUGUAGGUCUAAGUGGAGAUCUCAUGACUUCUAUAGUCAUGAGUUGCCAAGCCCUGUUGAUUCUCCUUCUGUCCUUCGUGUGGUCCAGCAGCAGACUCCGCAGCCCACAGCUGGCUCGCCAAGGAGAAAUCAAGAUAGUAAUUUCAGCCUUACUCAUUAUGGGGCUCAGCAAAUCCCUUCAGCCUAUAAAGAGUUAGCUGAACCAUGGAUUCAGGUAUUCGGAACAGAACUAGUUGGCUGCUUGUUUUCUCGAAACUGGAAUAUACGUGAGAUGGCCCUUCGACGCCUUUCCCAUGAUGUUAGCGGUGCUCUGUUAUUGGCCAAUGGGGAAAGCACUGGAAAUUCUGCAAGCAACAGUGGAAACCCCACAAGCGCUGGAACUGCAGGAGCUACCAGCGGGUCAGCGCAGACCAGUAUCUCAGGAGAUGUUGUUGUGGAGUCUUGCUGCAGUGUCCUUUCCAUGGUCUGUGCUGAUCCCGUCUACAAAGUGUAUGUUGCUGCUUUAAAAACAUUAAGAGCCAUGCUGGUAUAUACACCCUGUCAUGCCCUAGCUGAAAGAGUGAAGUUGCAGCAGCUUCUGAAACCGGUUAUAGAGACUAUAUUGGUGAAAUGUGCAGAUGCGAACAGCCGCACAAGCCAGCUUUCAGUUUCUACACUCCUGGAGAUGUGCAAGGGCCAGGCAGGAAUGCUGGCAGUUGGUAGUGAAAUAUUUAAAUCUGGGCCCAUUGGUAUAGGUGGCAUUGAUUUCAUUUUGAAUUGCAUCCUUGGAACACAACCUGAAUCGAACAACUGGCAAGCACUUCUUGGGCGUCUUUGUCUUAUUGACAGGCUGCUGUUGGAGUUUCCUGGUGAAUUUUAUCCCCACAUUGUCAGUGGGGAUGUUUUACAGGCAGACACUGUAGUUGACAGGUACAAAAAGCUGCUGUCGCUGUUGAACUUUGCUCUGCAGUCAAUUGACAAUUCCCACUCCAUGGUUGGCAAACUGUCAAGAAGAGUAUUUUUGAAUUCCGCCAGAAUGGUUGCAAGAGUACCCCACGUGUUCGUAAAACUGUUAGACAUGUUGAGUAUGACAAGCUCAACACAUCACACAAGGAUGCGUCGGCGGUUGAUGGCAAUAGCAGAGGAAAUGGAAAUAGCAGAAGCCAUUCAGCUAGGUAUGGAGAAUGUGCAGUCCGGUGAAUGCCGGCGUGACUUUGCCCAGCCUCCAGUUCCUGAUAACUCCCCAGAGAUUACAGAGAGCAAUACUCCCAACAGUACGAUUCAGUUAUCAGGGAAAGGUGGGAAAAGCUUAGGUGAUAAAAAACCAAGUGCCAGCCCAGAGGACAUUUCUGAUGCAGUGGGUAGUAUUUCAUUAGGACUUCCUGUUUCUUCAGGAACUCUGGAGCAGCCAAAACCAGCCAUUCAAACAAAAAGUAAAGCCCACGGUCAGUGCUUGAACUCUUCUCUCUUGCCCUGUAAUUCCCAGUCAGUAUUCCCAGCUCUGCCUUCCCAUAGUACUCCGCCUGUACCAACAGGAGCCGAUGUUUCUAAACUCAGACCUCAGGGAUUUGUUCCCUGCAAACCACCCUCUGCUUCUCCCCAAAUGCAACGCAAGCUUUCUCUCCAAAUUCAAAGGAACUGUGCUGAAAAUAAAGAAUCAGAAAAACUUUCCCCGGUCUUCACGCAGGCCAGACCUAUGCCUUUCAGUCACAUACAUCGGCCAAAGCCAUCUCGACCUGCUGCGUGUGACUUGAACAAACAGGGAGAAACCUCCAAAAGUAACAUGACGCUCAAUUUAAAUGAUGUAGCACAGUGUGAUAGUGGUGCAGUCAUCCCAAGCGAAGAGACUGUUUUCACCCCGGUAGAAGAAAAACGUAGCCACCUGGAUCUCAAUACAGAGCUCAGUUCCAGUAUGGAGGACUUACUUGAGGCCUCCAUGCCGACAAGCGAUGGAACAGUCACCUUCAAGUCCGAAGUGGCCGUUCUGUCCCCGGAACGAGCGGAAAAUGACGACACAUACAAAGACGACGUGAAUCACAAUCAGAAGUGCAAGGAAAAGAUGGAAGCUGAAGAGGAGGAAGCCUUAGCUAUUGCCAUGGCGAUGUCAGCAUCUCAAGAUGCUCUUCCCACAGUUCCUCAGCUGCAGGUUGAAAAUGGUGAAGAUAUCAUCAUCAUUCAGCAGGAUACACCAGAGACGCUGCCUGGGCAUACCAAAGCAAAGCAUCAUUACAGGGAAGACAUAGAGUGGCUUAAAGGUCAACAGAUUGGCCUAGGUGCCUUUUCUUCAUGUUACCAAGCUCAGGAUGUUGGAACUGGGACACUGAUGGCAGUGAAGCAGGUGACCUAUGUCAGGAAUACAUCGUCAGAGCAGGAAGAGGUGGUGGAAGCCUUGAGGGAGGAAAUAAGAAUGAUGAAUCAUCUGAAUCACCCCAAUAUCAUUCGAAUGUUGGGCGCUACAUGUGAAAAGAGCAACUACAAUCUGUUUAUAGAAUGGAUGGCAGGGGGAUCUGUUGCUCAUUUGUUAAGUAAAUAUGGAGCCUUCAAGGAGUCUGUGGUUACAAAUUACACAGAACAGCUGCUUCGUGGCCUUGCUUACCUUCAUGAGAAUCAAAUCAUUCACCGAGAUGUCAAAGGUGCCAACUUGCUAAUUGAUAGUACAGGUCAUAGAUUAAGAAUUGCUGAUUUUGGAGCUGCAGCUAGGUUGGCAUCUAAAGGAACAGGUGCUGGAGAGUUUCAAGGACAGUUACUGGGGACCAUUGCAUUUAUGGCACCUGAGGUGUUGAGAGGCCAGCAGUAUGGUAGGAGCUGUGAUGUGUGGAGCGUUGGUUGUGCUGUUAUAGAAAUGGCUUGUGCUAAGCCCCCUUGGAACGCUGAGAAACAUUCCAAUCAUCUUGCUUUGAUAUUCAAGAUUGCUAGUGCAACAACGGCUCCAUCGAUCCCAUCACAUCUGUCUCCAGGUUUAAGAGAUGUGGCGCUUCGGUGUUUGGAGCUUCAGCCUCAGGACAGACCACCGGCAAGGGAACUGCUGAAACACCCUGUCUUCCGCACUACGUGGUAGUUCUGUAAAAGUGGUGAUACACUGAACAUCCUACUACUGAACAGAAAACAGUGCUUGUCUUCCUGUGCAGCUUGCACAGCAGUAUAUGCGCUGACUACUCAGCCGGCCUUAGUUAUCCCUUUUGAGGACUUGAGGUCAGCGGAGGACCUAGACUUAAGUAUGUGACUGACAAAUCGAGAUCUCUACCUAAGCUCAGUAUGCAGCUUUUCACAAAUUGUGCAAAAAUAUGUAAACUGUGCCUUUCUCAAAGAUCCUGGCUCUUGGUGACUGGAAAGCAAUUCCUCUUUUAAAUCUGCAUGGUUAUUUAGUGGAGAGGCAAUUUUUAAUUUUUCAGGAGCACUUUUUCAGCAAUAUUAGCAGCUGAGGGGCUCAGGAGCCAUUGGAAAAAUCGGCAGUUGCUGUUCCAUUUCACACCAUGUAGACAUCAGCAGUUUUGGCUCAGUGACCCAAUUUCAUUUGUUCCAUCAAUGGUCGUGAAAAAAAGUUCAAUUUACAUGUAUAUGGAGAGAAAAAAUUGGACUGUUUUGAGACCACAUUUUGCCUUCCUAAGAGUCACUGAUCACACUGACUGGCAGUUGUGAUUCACUGUGCGUUCAUUUAUUCACUGACUUCUCCACUGAAGUUGCGGUUCUGUGCUUUCGUGUUUUUUUUUUCCUUUGUUUCAUAUUCAGGGAAAACUGACCUUUUAAAACAUAUCCAGAACAGCUAGAACGAGGUUCAAGCUAAAAUGUUGCUGGAUAGCUUGUUGUUCUAAGAGACUGUGAUCCAGAUUGAUUUGAAAAUCUGACAUAAAAUGCUGUCUUUUGAGUCAGUGUUUUUAAUCAAACUUGGGAGUGGGAGGGGACUGCUCAGUUGCUUUGAAUAACAGGACAUGGAACCAAGAGUGAAUUUUAACUGUUAGGUUUUGGAGCCUUUUUCAUGUAAAGAUUUUUCUCGGUGAAACUGUGUAAAAAAAUGUUUUCAUGUGUCAAGCCUGCUGCCAUCCAGCUCCUGCUGUAAUGAGUCUUUGGGAGACAAAGCUUUAAUCCAGUCUUAUGCUGUUUAGCACUGCAUACAUGUCCACUCCGGAUACAUCUGGCCUGCUGUUUUCCUUCUGCCAUACAUCGUUUGUUUACAGUCAUAAUUACAUGUAAACUUUCCAGAAAUUUUAAAGCCAUGAAAAAAAUUGUUUUUAAGGUUUUUGGGGGGAAAGAUUGAAAUUUUGGGGAAAAUUGAAAUAUAUGCAGUACUUUCCUAUUUAUUGUAUUGCUUUAAUAUAAAUGUCUCAUUUCUAAUUUAGUUAGCACAUAAAAUUGUACUAAUUGGAAUAUUUAUGGAAUUUACAAGUAUAAAUGCCUUAGUUCUCUACAGGCAAAACUGCAAGUAAACCAAACACUUGAAAAAGCGCUGCAGACUGCUGUACCCUGUGCCGUCAUAGAGCACCUGUUUAAAUUUGUGUCAUUUGAGAGGUAGGGUGUCAUUUGUCUACAGCAUAGAUAGGAAUUAUCAGGUGCUGUAGAUACUCCUGUACAGAUACCUUUAUGCUAUAACUUCGGAGUUAAACCUUGUCUUGAAGAGGAUUUUCAGUGCUCCCCAAAAUUUCCCAAUUUUACAUUUUUUAAACAAUUGGGAAAAAAGUCCUUGGGAACCAUGGCGUUCUUGGAAUUUUUCCAUACCUUCCCAAUUAAGUAGUACAUAAUUGGCCAAUCUUUCUUUUAAAGAAUCAAAACCCUAGUUCUUUAAAAGAGGAAAUUUACAGAAAAAUUAGGUUGGCCUUGAGGGAGCAGGGGACUUUUAAUAAAAUGUGAUGAUAUGCUUCACUUGGAGUGCAGACUACUUUUUUCAGCAAAUGAGUGUGUUAUGACGAUUUUAAUAAUGGGCUUUUAGAUUCUGAUGCAUGGAAUAUUGAAGGAAAAUGGCAGCUGUUCUUUUGCUUUUUAAUGAGUCCUUUAAAAAUAAAAGUACUGAAUUGUGUUUCAAUCAACUUUGUUAAAUAACUGUUCAUGUUUUAACUCUUCAGAAGCCAGUUUGAAUUAUUGACCAGGAAUUGGUUGUGCUCAAAGACUCAGGACAAAACUAAAUAAGCUAUAUAGCACUGUACGUUAUUGACAACGUACAGCCUUGCAAAUUGGAAUCAAAAUGAGAGGUUUACAAGCGAUGGUCGUACUAGCAUGAACUAAAAGUGGUGUCAUGAAAUGUGGAUGUGUAUUUCUUCUUGAAAUGUUACAUUCCUUUUGCUUUUUGAAGAUUGGCAAACUUUGAAGAGUUAAAAACAAAAUUGAAAUGUGAAGUUUGGUAGGUCUGUUUUUUGUUUGAUUUCUGUUUCUUGACUGUUUUAGAGUUUUUCAUCACUCUAAUCAGAUUGCUUCUAAGGCUGUUUCUGCACAGCCAAGGGAGAGAGCCUGCGGCAUUAAUCAUGGCGAUGCAGGCUCUGGGGCCGUUCGCACAAACGGCCCCAUGGGGUGCCCAGCUGUUGGAGCAAGCUCCGCACAGCCGCGUAUUCCCCUCCCUAGCCCCAAACGCCUCCUUACCUUCUGCUGGCAGCCAUCACUCUGUCGUUGCUCUGAGGAGGGAUGGGGACAUGCCCCCGUGGCUAGAGUGAUGGCUGAAGCACCAGAGGCCAGGGGGCGUGUCCCCUUCCCUCCUCAGAGCGAUGGCUGCCAGCAGAAGGUAAGGAGGCAUUUGGGGCUGGGGA